AGCAACUCCCAGUGCAGUGCAGUGCGGAAAUUGUUCACGGUUCAUACCGUAAGCUUGGGCAUAAGGACGCCACGCCAUUGCCAUCCUGCUCCUGUACGAUACAGCACCUAGCUAACCGUACUUCCCCGGUUAUGAUGAGAACAAUGGCUGGAAGCUCUGCUUUUCUUCUGACUCUCUCAUUUUUUGCCAUUUUUGCGGCUACUUCUAGUGAGUUCUACAAUGUUGUAUCUUCUCAGGCUUUCAACGAUGUCAAGAAAACGAAGGAAAUUGUAGCUAUUUCAUUCAUACGAACUAUUCCAGCACACUCCAAAACAUUUCAAGGUCAUUUUAGCGAGGCUGGUGAUUACCUGAAGGACUUUGGAGUUUUCCUCGGAACGGUGAACUGUAUAUCAGAUCCCGUUUCUGAAUAUUGUCUCAAGGCGGAUGCAUCACUGAACCUGUAUAUUUUCAGACAUGGCCAUUUCUUCAUCACUCUGGCGUAUGACACUCUAUUCAGCGUUGAUUCAAUUGUUUCAAAUAUCCUUCACCUUGUUCUCCUGAUCGAUGUACCCAUCAUUGCUGGACCCUCAGAUCUUCUUGAGAAACAAGACAGAUACAAAGGGAAGAAAGACAUCAUUGUGGGUUAUGUCCCUGCUGUUGGCAUCACAGCUGACAGAGCUUUAAUGGAGGUGGCCUUUGCUUACAGACACAAGUAUGUGUUUCUUGUGACAACCAAUAGAAAUUUGAUGGAGGAAGAACAAGAAAAAAAGCCUAGCUUGAAUCGGUUACCAGAUCCACUGGUCGCUAUCAGCCAAUGCAGUAAGGCACAGCCACACCAGGAUUGUGUCUGGGCCAAGUAUAAUGGACCAGUUACACUAGAGAGUCUAUCCAUCAUGAUGAAAGUCCUAGAACUACCUGCCAUGGUUGAUAUGUCUGAGGCAGGGCAGUCAGAUGUGUACAAGGAGCAUGGUAUAUCAACACUCUACACUAUCACUGAUCCAACCAAUCAUGAACAAGCUUUAUCUCUCAUCGUGGAUGUGAAAGAUGAGUACCAGGGAAACCUUGGAUUCAUUGUCAUUGAUCGGGAUGCUGUAUCAGAUGCUAAUUUGCUUGCUGAUUUGAAGGGGGAAUGUAUCCCAGCAUGCUUUGUGAUUCAGAGUCAUGAUCAGGUCAUAAGUGGUGAAGGUAUCAAUGAUGUAUCUGACCUGAAAGCAUUCAUCAAGAUCAACAUCCAACGUGUCUUCAGUUACCUUGAAGAUCCAAACCAAGGAGAUGAAAAUGAUGUCAUGGGAGAAGAUGGCGAUGAUGAUGGAGAUGUUCCUGUUCAAGAGCGUCAGGAUGACCUUGUCCAACAAGCCACUGUCCACUCACGUCUUGUCAUAGAACCCAAGAAGUACAUUAUCUCUUCUCUGACCGAUAAGACGUUCCCUGAGUUUACCAGUCAGUCCCAUCUGACCAGCGUCCUCUUCACUAUGGAGUGGAACCCAAGAUCCCUGGCAUUCCUGGACUCAUUUGACUCAGCAGCAGAGAGCAUCCUGGCAUUCUUCUCAUCUGAAAGUCAAGAACCCCCUCUAGCUAGAGUGGAAUGCUCCAGCUGGCCAGAUGUAUGUGAUAAGAACAAUGUGAUGGUCUAUCCCACUGUCAAGAUGUAUAGGGGGCAGUCUGAUAUAGCUACCUAUGGUGGGAGACUGGACAAGAAUAAUGUUCUGAAGAGUUAUCUCUUGUAUAAGCUUUCCAAUCCGAUUGAAUUAAAAGAUAUGGAUGAGGUCAAGAGAGCUACAAAAGGCAUCUUUCCAGCUCCGUGGGUCAAAGAUCACCUGUCCAGCCUUAUCCUGGCUGUCAUACCAGAUGGCUUUCAAGAAGAGAGGGCAGUCUUCCAACAGGUAGCCGAAGAGCUGAGGGGAGAAUAUUUGUUUGGAUUAUGCACAUCUCAGUGUGCUCAAGAAGUGCAAAGCUCUUUUCCCGACCGGGCCAAGCCUUCAAUCACCAUCAUGAAAUGGAAUGACCCCGAUGAACCCCAGCAGAGGUUCAUAGAAGAGUCCACUACUCAAGACCUUGUAGCUUUCAUCAAAAAAGCUAGUCUUCCUAUACUGCCUGAACUGACUGCAUCCAGCAUGCCAAUCUACUUAGCCAAACAUAGGCCUUUUGUCAUCCUCUUCCACGCUGGUAAUCAAAUCUCAGAGAUAGCAGCACAGUCAAUGAGACAACUAACAACCACUAAAUAUGGUGACCAGUACACCUUGAGCCAGAUGGAUAUCUCUGAUGAGGAAUCUGUUGGUUCUCAAACCUUGACGACGUACGGCUUUUUACCAAACUCUGACCAAGCUACCAUAGCCAUCUUAGACCAUGCAUUAGGUGAAGUGUGUCGCUGUCCCUAUGGCAACGAUCCUUCUGAAACUGCUCUGACUGCCUGGCUUGAGGUAUCCCUGGAAAGUCCCAAGCACUGUUCUGAGGCUAGAGCCUUGAUAGAUCGAGAAUGGAAACCUUUAGUUCCUCCAUAUGACUUCCUCAAGUUCAUGGAAGAUGAAGAGCAUAGUGUAGGAGCCGGACGUAGGGGAUUUGUGCUUCACCCUGAGGAGGCAGCCGAGGGAACAGAUGAAAAAGAAGAAGAGAAGCCAGAGCAAGAUUCAGAAGAUAGCGAGAAAGUUGAUGCAGCAGUGAAGGAGAAUCAAAAGCAUUCCCCAAAGCACAUUGAGCUAUAAUGUGUCUUUUGUCUAAAUCAGGAAAUGAUACUCACAUGAUGAUUUUGACAUAUUGUAGUUGGAUUACAUAAAAUAAUGAUAUCGCUAUCUUUAAUUAUUUGAUUUUUUGAAAAGAAAGGCUAGGUAAAUUUUUUGUGUUUUACAAUGUUGCUGGUAAAUUUGUCUUCUAAGAGGGCACUUUCCCCCUUUAUUAAAUGAAGUUUCCCUUCUCUACUUAUUAUGUCUUCUAGUAUUUCCAAACAAUUUUCCUUCAUAAAAGCAUUCCUAUUUUAAUAUUUUGAUUCUUUGUGCUAUUAGACAUCGGUCUUUGUGAUGGUAAGCUUUCCCUUGUAAAACUAAAAGGAAACUUAUACAUUUGUGUUACGAUAUUUAUGUAUGUGUUAACUCCGUAAUAUCAUUUAGUUUAAAUCAUUGCUUUGUAGAUUGACUGUGUUUUAUGGAAGAAUUGCCAUUUGGUGUUUGGUAUGUAUGUGGUUGUUAUAGCAGUUGUUUAUUUAAUCAUCAUAUUGUAUUUCAGUUGAAAGAAAUAUAUAUUUGCCCAUUGUGGUCACAAUAUCAUUGAAUGAUAAACCAGAUAAACUGGUGACUAUAAAGUUUGUACAGUAGGUCUUAUUGCACCUUUUAAAAUUUUUGUUUCUUUAAUUUUUGUUAUUUAAAACUAUCAACAUAUUUCUGAGGUUAUCAAGAAAACUUGUUGUUAUGAGGUUCACAUUUUCUCUACCAUUGUGUUUUCUAUCGAGUCCUACUGCUUGUUCCACCGUUAUGACUACACCAGCCAUGCCUAUGAUGGUAAUGAGUGCAUGCUCAGGGCAUUCAAUAAAAUGUAUUGCCUGUUCCGCUCACUUUACAUUUACUUUGCUAACUCUCACAUGGUGUAUCACAGACUACAUUAGUGGCUCAUGUAGCCCUACGUCUUAUGCAAACAGGCACAGUUAUGCAA